AUGGACGACGAUUUUGGCGCCGACGCCGAGUUUUUGGAUGCCCUGGCUUCCUCAACCGAUGCCAUCACUUCUUUGAAUAGCAACAAAACCAACAAACAACCACUACCACCACCACCACUACCACCGCCACCGCAACAACAGCGACCCCCGGGCCCGCCCGCCUUUCUCCCACCCAAAAUCCAACAACCCACCCCCCAGCGAGUAGAAAAACCACCACCACCGCAACGGCACGCCUCCACCGCGUCAGGUCCCCCAAAAAUAGUCCAACCAACCCCCCAACCCCUCCCCUCCCGAGCCAGCGGCUCGGGGUCUUCAAUCCUCGUAUCCCCGCGGCAAAAAGGAAACCCAGUGCUAGCCUGCAUAAAGUCCAUACCGUGGGAGUACUCAGACAUACCAGCCGACUAUGCCCUCGGGGCGACCACCUGCGCCCUUUUCCUGAGCCUUAAAUACCACCGCCUCCACCCAGAAUACAUCUACACCCGCAUCCGCCUCCUCCAACAAAGGUUCCUCCUCCGGAUCUUGUUGGUGCUUGUCGACAUUCCCAACCACGAGGACUCCCUCCGCGAGCUCUCCAAGACUUCCCUUGUGAAUAACGUCACUGUUAUUUUAUGUUGGUCGGCGGCCGAGGCGGGGCGGUAUCUCGAGCUGUAUAAAAGCUAUGAGCAUGCGAGCGCGGCGGGGAUAAAGGGGCAGCAGGCGACGGGGUAUGCGGAGAAGUUGGUUGAGUUUGUGACUGUGCCGAGGGUGGUGAACAAGGCGGAUGCGGUGGCGCUGGUGGGGACGUUUGGGAGUUUGAGGGGGGCGGUUAAUGCUGAUGGGGAGACGCUGGGGACUGUGGGGGGGUGGGGGGAGAACACCAUACGCCGCACGUAG